UAUCGUUUUCUCUUUGCCCCUCCACAACGUUGUUUCUCUCUCUAAAAGACUCAUUCUGUUUCCAUUUCCGACAUUGGCUGUCUAAACCUUUAAGUCUUGUGAGGCGCUCACACAGAUCGGUGAGCUGAGCUGCAAAAGAAAAUCAUUUUUCUUAAUACCAUUUUGUAUUCAAUGAACAAAAUCAAGACAUGUUUUUUUACGUGUAUCCUUCAUUUCAAAGAUUCUCAAGAUUCUGUUCUAUCAUCGCCAAUUGUGACAAAAUCCCAUGUAUUUAAACGGAUUUUGAUUGGUCAAUAUAGUCAGAUUCACAGUCACUCGUAAAAAUUUUCCUUCGUUACUCUCAGCAUUUCCAUGUUGAAGACAUUCAUUUCAGCAUUUAAAACAGGCCAUUGACGCAUGGGGGGAGUUUUUAUUUCUAUUCUUUAAUAUGUUGUUGUAAUGUUGCAGUAGCUAUGGUGAGGAAUGUGUUGGAAGGUAUUUUGGCAGGUUGGGAUUAGGCAAUGGGUUAAAACUAAAAAUUCUUUCAAUACUUUCGGGAUUUCUAUUAUUCAGGCAAAAUCUAGCAAAGGAAGAAUACAGUUUCGAAUUACUGCUGAAGCUGCUGUAGUAGUUGUAGCUUUAGCCUACUCCAUUCAGAUAGUAAAGAUUUGGAAUUUCUUCCGAUGGGUGAGCAACCACAUGACAGGCUUUCAAUGAACUUUGGAAAACAACUUUUAGGCCAAGAUGACAGACAAUUUGAAAUGAACAAUACAUGGGUACCCAUCCCCCCUGAGAAGCUCAUUCAACUAACAUCUAAUACACCAUCAGACUGGCCAGUGAACCAAAUGAGCGGACCAAAUUAUCAAGAAAUUUCUGUACCUGGAAGUGAUUACAUGAAAGAAAAGCUGAUGCAUUACCCAGGACCACAUCAGAAUCUCCCUCUGAUGGGACAAAUAGGUCAUCAAACUAGAGAGAACAAAAUGUUUGAUGGCAAAUUGAUGCAUAGAAACAGUGUUCUAGAUUACAUUCCAGGCUCCUACACUCAGCCAUGGCACUAUGAGAGCAAUGGAUCAAACAGUAAUACCUCAGAACAACUGCUCAAGAAGGACAUAACUAAUAUAGAUUCUGCUAACAGGAAUUUGGAUGUGAACAAUAACAUGGCAGCCAGAAAUCCGUUGCUAUCAAUGUUUUAUCCUCAGGCUAGCAGCGAUAUGAGUGAUCCCUAUGCAGGUGUACAAAGAUGCAAUAUCCAUUCAGCUUUAGACAUUUUGUUCAGAGAAGCUAACAGCCUUCUGUUUCCAAAUAGGAAUUCUGAAUUUGGUGGCAGUAGCUCAAACAGCUUGCUCAACAAUGACAUUCAUUGUUCAGUCCCGAACCAACUGGAGGGCUUCUUCUCUGAGAUACCCUAUGGUGAUCCUUACCACAAUUAUAAUCUGAAUUAUGUGCCAAUAGCUGAAGCUGGGACCACAGCUAGUUUUACCAACUCUCUCCAAUCAGUACCAGCUGAAGCUGGUGCCACUGCUAGUUUUACCAACUCUCUCCAAUCAGUACCAGCUGAAGCUGAUGCCACUGCAAGUUUUACCAACUCUCUCCAAUCGGUACCAAAAUUGAUGGAUCAACUCAAAUUUGUGGACAACCAGUUUUUUACAAUACCAGAUUACAUAAUAGCUGAAAGCACAAGUCAGGAGAAAGACAAACAAAAGGACUUAGUUUCUUCCACUCAGAAUGAAGUUAGGGAACAUUGCGAUGGGCUUCUACAGGAAAAUGUUGAUUCAUCAUCUGCAGCAAUUUCUACAACAUAUGGGGAUCAAAAGGGUUCUGACAACAUCCGUGGCAAGGGAAGUGACCUGGGUUUUGACCUGAACAAGACACCUGAGCAGAAAGCAACCCAGCGAAGAAAGCAUAGGCCAAAAGUAAUUAAAGAGGCCAAGCCCAAAAGAACUCCAAAGCCUGCAACUCAAAAGACACAGGUGAAGGAGAAUCUGCACAAAAAGAGGAAGUAUGUCCGAAAAACUGCAGCAACACCACAGACCGAUGUUAUAGAAGAAAGUGUUGAUUCUAUUGUUGCAACUAAAAAAUCCUGCAGAAGAGCUCUAAAUUUUGACUUGGAACAUAAUAAAUAUGCAAGCCAGAGCACCAUAGGUUGCCAGCAGGAGAUCAACCAUAGAAAUGAGAAAGCUUUCAAUACCACUUCAGACCACAAGGCCACAGAGAUGCUGGAUGGAGCAACUAUGACCUAUGGUAAAAACUCAGCUUUGCUGAUCAGCUCAUGGGAUGAACUUACAGUAGAAAACCAACAACCCAGAAACACAGAAGAUAAUACACUUCUACUGCAUGAAAAGCAAGCUAAUAAUAUCCUGUCAGAAAGGAAAUCAAUCACAGCCUUGUCAGCCACUACACAAGAGCCACAGAUAGCAAAAUUUCUUGUCGCUGAGGAAGGUCCAGCUCAGGAAGAUUCUGAUUUGUGUCAGGAAGGAAAUAAUGGAUGUAUGCAUCAAUAUAUUCAUACAAAGCAAAUUGCCAACAGGUAUCAAUCAGAAGCAUGUUUUGAAAACUCACAGAAGACCAGAGAACCAAUUUGUCAGAAUACCCUUCAGUUGGUGCCUAACAUCCUCUCCAAUUCCAUUGAAGCAGCAAAGGGUUCCAAGAGAAAAUAUCGCAAAAGAACUCAGAAGCAACAUGACUCAGCCACAAAUUCAUGUGAUACUUCCUUGUGCCAAGAGACUUUACAAGCACAUGGAAAUUUCAGAGGUGCAACUCCUGCCAAAGAUGUUAUUAAAAAACAGAAGAUUAAAAAAACUCAAAAUAGACACAAUGCAAAAAUCAGUGGAAGGUCUUCCAGCCAAAUAAUGUCUAAAGAGAAAAUUGGAUUUCAUACACAGUCUAAUGAAGAAAUACCAUAUAUCUGUAUUGAAAGUAAUAGAUUUGUAGAGCAGCAAAACAAUGGAACCCUCACUGGGGAAUGCUUUGCUAUCUCAGAGGAACAUUCUAAUUUGAUAGAUGAGAUAAUUUGUCGACCGAAUGAUCUCAAACUUAGGGAGAGCAACAUGUCAGAGAUGGAAGGACUAAAGGCACUAGUCCCAUAUAAUGGAGAUCGUUCUGUUGUACCCUAUCAGGAGUUUGAAUUACUUAAAAAACAUAAACCAAGGCCUAAAGUGGAUCUUGAUGCAGAAACAGAGAGAACCUGGAAACUAUUGAUGGGCAAAGUAGGAAGUGAAGGCCUUGAAGAAACUGACAAGGAAAAAGAGAAGUGGUGGGACAAAGAAAGAAAUGUUUUUCACGGACGAGUUGAUUCUUUCAUUGCACGGAUGCAUCUUAUUCAAGGAGAUAGACGCUUUUCAAAGUGGAAAGGAUCUGUUGUUGACUCAGUGAUAGGUGUUUUCCUCACUCAGAAUGUUUCAGAUCAUCUUUCAAGCUCUGCCUUUAUGUCUCUAGCAUCAAGGUUUCCUCUUCAGUCAAAAAGCAGCAAGAAAACAUAUGAUGUUGACACGAACACAUUGUUUAAAGAAGCAGGACUCAACAUACUAAAUCCAGCUGAUACAAUAACAUCAUAUGGAUAUGGGACAUUAAAUCAACCAACCUAUCAUCUAGGCUUUGAGACACCCCAUCAUGCAAAAGAGCUUUGGAGAGACUGUGAAACCUCAAGGACAAAAGGGAGCCUAAUAAAGCUAAAUAAUCAGAGCUCAGUGGAAGAAUUUUUAUCACCACAAGAUUCUCUUGAUUCUUCAAUUACUCAAGAUGCCAGAAAUAGAUAUUCCUCAGGAUCUAAUUCAGAAUCAGAAGGUCUUGACUGCAGGUGUGAACACAGAAAGACUCAGUUUUUAACUUCAACAAAUUCUUUACAGGUAGGAAAGACCACUAUGUUCCAGGAAUUUUACAACAGUGUAAAUGGAGUGUCACUAUUUGAGGAGAGAAAUAAAGAUGGACAGCUGCAUCCAGCAGAACAAGUGAAACAAAAUUGUAGCAUAGGCAGAAACAGCAGUCCCAAUGUCUGCUCAGCAUUUAGUCAUCCUAGCAACUUUGCUUAUCCACCAAAGCAACUACCUGUAGUUCCUUCAACUGACUAUGGACUAUAUUACUCAGACACACAAGGGCUGAAGACUAUUCAAAUGAAUGGUGAAAAGUUUUCUUGGACUGAAACUGUUUCUGUUCACAGUGAGUUUCAGGACAACAAUUCUGGCAAUAGGAAAGAGGGAGAUAGUGCAGAUAAACCCACAGAAAUCCAGUACACAAAUGGAACACUAGGGUCUCCAGAGAUACCAACAAUUGACCCUUAUGAACCAUUAAGCAAGUAUUUAGUCCUUCCACAAGAUACUUCUCAAUUUGGAUCUCAUACAAAUUACAGUCAACCUUCACUAAAUCAUCAUAUUGUAGGCCAGAAAUCCUUAGAAUCAGAAAGCAGGGAAUUCACAAACUCAUUAAAUGCUUCUCGUAUAUUGGGUAGAUACCAAGAUGGUGUAGUUAAUGAUAGCUACAAUAUUCCUAAGGAUGCAGAAGGUCUUGACAGUAAAAAAAUAUCUGCAGCAAACAGCCAGGGAUGCUCAGAAAAUAGUAGGGCUGAAUCAAAUCCUCAGAAGCAAGUUUAUUAUCCCAACCCUAUCAAUAAAAAGAGCCAAAUAAAGGUUUCAAAAGCAAGGAAAGAAAAACCUGAGACUGAGAAAAAGCUUGCAAGCGACUGGGACAAACUAAGAAAGGAGGUACAGGUAAAUGGGACAGAGAAAGAAAGAAGUAUGGACACAAUGGAUUCACUGGACUAUGAAGCAGUAAGAUGUGCCUCUGUUAAAGAGAUAUCUAAAACUAUUAAAGAGCGAGGGAUGAACAACUUGCUAGCAGAACGAAUCAAAGAAUUCCUGGACAGAUUGGUUACAGAACAUGGAAGCAUCGAUCUUGAAUGGUUAAGGCAUGUUCCCCAAGAUAAAGCAAAAGACUUUCUUCUGAGCUUUCGAGGAUUGGGGUUAAAAAGUGUGGAAUGCGUACGGCUUCUGACACUUCAAAAUAUUGCUUUCCCUGUUGACACCAAUGUUGGAAGGAUAGCAGUUAGACUUGGAUGGGUCCCUCUCCAACCACUUCCUGAAGCACUUCAGUUACACCUCCUUGAACUGUAUCCAGUGCUGGAAGCUGUUCAGAAGUAUCUCUGGCCCAGAUUGUGUAAACUUGACCAAAGAACCUUGUAUGAACUGCACUACCAGAUGAUUACAUUUGGGAAGGUUUUCUGCACAAAGAAAAAACCAAAAUGCAAUGCAUGUCCAAUGCGAGCAGAGUGCAGGCACUUUGCAAGUGCUUUUGCAAGUGCACGGCUUGCCUUGCCUGGACCAGAAGAGAAGCACAUCGUUAGUAUGCAUGUUCCCAUUGCAGCUGAGAGAAACUAUUUUGUCAAUGAGAACCCCAUGGUCCUACCUCUCCUUGAGAACAACUUGAGCAGACAAGUAAGUCCUCAAAGUUGGCAGUGUGAACCAAUCAUUGAAGAACCAGCAACACCAGAAAGAGAGUGGACAGAGGCAGAAGAAAGUGACAUGGAGGACUUUUUUAAGGAGGAUUCUGAUGAAAUUCUUUCCAUUGACCUCAAUGCAAAAAAGUCAACAGUGAAUGUACAGAACUACUUGCAAGAAUACAAUGAGCAUAAUGAAGGUUGCAUGUCUAAGGCACUUGUGGCCUUGAAUCCACGGUCUGCUUCUAUCCCUACGCCAAAACUGAAGAAUGUGAGUCGGCUAAGAACUGAACACCAAGUAUAUGAACUUCCAGAUUCACAUCCUCUCUUGGAAAAGAUGGAUAAACGGGAACCUGAUGAUCCAAGCCCGUAUCUUCUUGCAAUAUGGACACCAGGUGAGACUCCAAAUUCUGUUGAACCACCAGAAAGAAGGUGUGGAUCCCAAGACUCAGCCCUGUGCAAUGACAACACAUGUUUUUCAUGCAACAGCAUUAGGGAAGCCAAUUCACAAACAGUUAGAGGAACACUUCUGAUACCUUGUAGGACAGCAACUAGAGGAAGCUUUCCACUGAAUGGAACUUACUUUCAAGUUAAUGAGCUAUUUGCGGAUCAUGCAUCCAGCGUUCAACCUAUUGAUAUUCCUAGGGAAUGGAUAUGGAAUUUGCCAAGGAGGACAGUAUACUUUGGGACCUCCGUAUCAUCUAUUUUUAAAGACCUUUCAACCCAAGAAAUUCAGCAUUGCUUUUGGAGAGGAUUUGUUUGUGUCCGGGGAUUUGAUCAAAAGGAACGCGCACCCCGUCCUCUUCAGGCCAGAUUGCAUUUUUCAGCAAGCAGGUUAGCAAAGACAGAAAAAUAAAAACAAGAUUAACGGGACAUGUUGAGAUAUUUACCAGCAAAAGCUAAUAUUGAAGAUCCAACUUUCUAAGGUCCAAGGUGAUUGCUGCCUGAGUGACAGGAGAUCUGACAUGAAACAAAUAUACAGCAUGUUACAAAGAAAGUAGAAGAAUUUUCUGUUUAGGAUAUGAAAUCCCAUAACAAGUGGGAUUGACCUGUAAAUCAUCUCUAUUCAAGCAUGAAACAGUCAUUCAUUUUAUUAAAAUCAACUGUAACAAUUUCAUUAUUAUCAAUAGAAGUUGUCACUGAAAAUGAACACAAAUUGCAGAAUUCAAUCACAAAAGUUUAUUACUGCAUUUCACAUA